CUGCCCACCUCUGCUUCCUCCAGGAACACAGAGUUCCAGAUCUCACCAAGGUCGCCAUGAAUUCACUCAGUGCAGCAAACACCCACUUCGCAUUUGAUCUGUUCCAACAGUUCAAAACAUCAAAAAAGGAUGACAACAUCUUCUACUCCCCUCUCUCCAUCGUAUCAGCAUUAGCCAUGACCUACCUAGGAGCCAAAGAAAACACUGCAUUCGAAAUGGAGAUGGCCCUUCACUUUAAUGAAGUCACAGAGAACACAGAAGGAAGAACUACAACAGACCAUGUUGAAAAGUUGGGAAAUGUACAUCAUCAAUUUCAAAAGCUUCUGACUGAAUUAAAGAAACCUACUGAUGCAAAUGAACUGAACAUCGCCAACAAGCUCUAUGGAGAAAAAAAUUAUCAGUUUCUUCAAGAAUACAUGGAUAAUGUUAAGAAAUUUUACUUGACCAGUGUGGAAUCUGUUGAUUUUAAGAAUGCUCCAGAAGAAAGUCGUAAGAAGAUUAAUUCCUGGGUGGAAAGCCAAACUCAUGAAAAAAUCAAGGAUCUGCUUCCCAAAAACUCCCUUGAGUUUACUACUAUGCUGGUUCUGGUGAAUGCCGUCUAUUUCAAAGGACAGUGGGACAACAAAUUUGAUAAAAGAAACACUGUGGAAAAAGAAUUUUGGCUGAACAAGGAUACAAGCAAACCUGUACAAAUGAUGAAACAAGUCAACGUUUUUAAGUUCACCUCACUGGAGGACAUAAAAGCCAAGAUCCUGGAAAUACCAUACAAAGGCAAAGAUCUAAGCAUGGUAUUGCUGCUGCCAGAUGAAGUGGAUGGUCUGCAGAAGCUUGAAGACCAACUGACCGCUGAGAAACUAAUAGAAUGGACGAGCUCACAGAACAUGCGUGAUAACUAUGUGGAUUUAUACUUACCCCGGUUCAAAGUGGAAGAGACCUAUGACCUCAAGGACACACUGACAGCCCUGGGGAUGGUGGAUGUCUUCAAUCCACAGAGAGCCAACCUCUCAGGCAUGACAGGGACAAAGGAUCUCCUGGUAUCUAAAGUCAUACACAAGUCCUUUGUGGAGGUGACUGAAGAGGGCACGGAGGCUGCCAGCUCUACAGCAGUAGUUGUUAAUGUCGGAUCACCACCAACUCACCCUUUCCAUUGCGAUCACCCUUUCUUGUUCUUCAUCAGGCACAAUAAGACCAACAGCAUCCUCUUCUUGGGCAGAGUCUCUUCCCCUUAGAUGCAACUACCCUGCUGCUACUAAGAGGAAAUUCACAGCUGUUCCAGUAUAGAGACUGCUAGAAACAACAGCUUCUCUUUAAUUCUUUUUCCAAUCCAAUCUCAUAGUCACUAAGAAUGUAAUGGUUGAAACAGCACAUCUGUCUAUCUCUCCCCUUCUAUAAACACAUGUAAACCUACUUCAUCUCCCAGUGGUAAUUCCCCUU